AUGGGAUCACCGAUAGCUCCGGUGGUGGCUAACAUAUUUAUGGAAUGGUUUGAGGAUACUGCGCUGGUGAACAUUUCAUUCGAACCGAGAUACUGGUGGCGCUAUGUAGAUGACGUAUUUGCCAUUAUGCCUAAAGAGGGAGCAGAGUCGCUAUUGGCACACUUAAACAGCGUUCACCCGAAGAUCACCUUCACCGUGGAAUGUGAGCAGAACGGGGUUCUUCCUUUCUUCGAUGUGUUGGUGAGACGUGAACAUAACGGUCGGUUGUCUCAUGCGGUGUAUCAGAAAGCAACGCACACGGAUAGAUACCUGAGAGCGGAUUCACAUCACCACCCGGCACACUUAGCCUCAGUUUUGCGGACGCUCAUUAAUAGAGCUUUGAAACUUUGCGACCCGGAUUACAUAGAUGCUGAACUAAAUCAUGUGAAGGUGGGGAGGUGGGAGGGAUGUUGGUUGGUAACGAUUACAAUUGGAAACAGAGUUGGCGUGUGGCAAAUGCAUCAACAAGGCCUCGACCGGCAUCGGCAGAGAGAGCGGUAG